AUGAGUGACAGUGAUUCAGGCAAACAGCGACAAUUCUCGCUAACUUCCUCAAAUGCUGGCAAUGUCGGACCGAACCGCAGUCGUCGUUCAUCUUGGUCUGAUUCAAAGAAAGUUUGGAGUGUUGGCGAUGAGACAGAAAAUUAUUCCGAUUCUCGAACAUUAAUCUUACAGAAAUUGAACAAUUAUUAUCGUCGAAUCAAACGCCAAAUUCUUGCUUUUCAAAGUUUAACAACGGGCUUAUUUCCAAAUCAUCUCGAUCCAAACCACAAAGUCGGACACGUUGUUGAGAAUGUUUUCUGUGCUAUUGCAAUCUGGUCUUUGCGACAGUGUUACUGCAAAAUCGAUAAUGAUCAAGGACGUGCACAUGAGCUGGGACAGGCAGCAGUGAAAUGUAUGCGCGGAAUACUCAUCUGUUGGAUGAAACAAUCGAAGAAACUCGAGGUUUUCAAAAGUGAACAAUCAACAAAAGAUGCUUUACAUUCGAAAUUCAAUGUUUUGGAUGGAAAUGAAGUGGCAGACGCUGAUGAAGUCGGUCAGUUGCAAAUAUGUGCCAUAUCAAUCUAUCUACUAACAUUGGCACAGAUGAUUACGUCUAAUCUCGAAAUUAUUUUUUCUAUUGAUGAAGUCCAUUUCGUUCAACAACUAGUUUUCUCCAUUGAACGUGCCUAUCGCACACCAGACUAUGGUAUAUGGGAGCGGGGAAGUAAAUACAACACGAAUACAUGUGAACUUCAUGCGAGUUCGAUUGGAAUGGCGAAGGCAGCUUUGGAAUCAAUGAAUGGCUUUAAUCUGUACGGUGAUAAAGGCGCAAACUGGUCCGUUAUUUACGUUGAUGUUGAUGCACAUAACCGUAAUCGAACGACAUUUGAUACACUACUUCCACGAGAAUCAGCAUCAAAAAAUACUGAUGCCGCUCUAUUGUUCACUGUUGGUUGGCCAACAUUUGCGAUACACGAAGCAACACUUGUGGAGAAUAGUAUACGAAAAUGCAUUAAGAAACUGCGUGGUACACAUGGCUUUAAGCGAUUUCUCCGCGAUGGUCAAUAUACGGAUCUUGAAUCAAAAGAAGAUCGAUUCUAUCAAGCAACUGAAAUCAAAAAAUUUGACAAGAAUGAAUGCGAGUGGCCGAUGUUUUUUGCACUAAUGGCUAUCAAUGGUAUUUUCAAAAACAAUCAAUCCCAAGUCGAUGAAUAUCUCGCUGCGUUAAACCCUCUCUUGAAACGAACUACAGAAGUCACUAACAAUUCUUCAUCAUCCUUUCGUCCUUUCACUGGAAUGCUUGAUCAAGGUACACUGAUUGAUUGA